GUCAGAUAAACAAACAGACUGUGUAAUGGCCGUGGCAGAAUCGGAGUUCUCGGAACGUGUCCUAAUCCGAUCAAUCUUAACCCGACCUGAUGGCGGUGCCAGUUUGGCAGGACAAACCAUAAAAGUUGGUGGCUGGGUGAAAACAGGGAGAAAAACAGGGAGCGUAAAAGAAGGCAAAGAUCAGUUACCAUUCGCUUUCGUUGAACUUAACGACGGAUCAUGUUCUGCAAACUUGCAACUGAUGAUCUAUUCCGACGUUGCGUCGUUAGAUGAAGUUACUCGAACCGGCACGUCCAUGCACGUGGAAGGCGUACUUCAAACGCCUCCUGUUCAGACCAAACAGUCUAUUGAACUUAAGGUUUCCAAAGUGAUUCAUGUCGGAUCUUCUGCUGAUGAAGAUCCGACGAAAAAGUAUCCUUUUCAGAAAACAUACUAUCCUCUUGAGUAUCUUAGGGAUUAUCUUCAUCUUCGACCUAGAACUGCUACUAUUUCUGCGAUUGCACGUAUUCGUAGUGCAUUGGCGUAUGCAACUCACACGUUUUUUCAAAAACAUGGGUUUUUGUAUGUGCACACUCCGAUUAUCACAACUAUUGAUUGUGAAGGUGCUGGAGAGAUGUUUCAAGUGACGACUUUGAUUAAUGAAGCGGAAAAGGAAUUGACUAAAAGUACGUCUCAAGAAGAUGUGGAUGUAGCCAAAGGUGUUGUGAAAGAAAAAGGUGAGAUAAUUGCGAAAUUGAAGGCUGAUAAAGCUGAGAAGCCUGCGAUAACAGCUGCGGUUGCAGAACUCACUAAGGCGAAAGGGAAUCUUGCAAAGAUUGAAGAGAGGUUUAACAUGAAACCUGGUAUUCCAAAGAAGUAUGGGAAGGUUGACUAUGGUCAAGAUUUCUUUGCUCGUCAGGCGUUUUUAACUGUUUCGGGCCAACUUCAGGCCGAGACUUUUGCUUGUGCACUUGGCAGCGUUUACACUUUUGGGCCAACUUUUAGAGCUGAACAUUCUCAUACGUCACGCCAUCUUGCAGAGUUCUGGAUGGUUGAGCCCGAGAUAGCAUUUGCAGAUAUUGAGGGUGAUAUGAAGUGUGCAGAGGCAUAUGUUAGGUUUCUGUGCCAAUGGUUACUUGACAACUGUCUUGAUGAUAUGGAAUUUAUGGUUAACAAGUUUGAUAAGAAUGCUAUCAAACGGCUACAAAUGGUUGCUUCAACAAACUUUGUACGCCUGACAUACACCGAAGCAGUGACAAUUCUUGAGGAGGCUGUUUCUAAAGGGCAUAAGUUUGAGAGAAAAGUAGAAUGGGGGAUUGAUUUGGCAUCUGAACAUGAAAAGUAUCUGACGGAGAAGAAAUUUGAAUCUCCUGUGAUUGUAUACAACUAUCCUAAAGGGAUAAAAGCAUUUUACAUGAAACUCAACCCUGACAAGAAAACAGUAGCUGCUAUGGAUGUUCUUGUUCCUAAGGUUGGUGAACUAAUUGGAGGAAGCCAAAGAGAAGAGAAUUACGAGGUUCUCAAAGAAAGGAUGCUUGAAAUGGGGUUGCCACUUGAGCCGUAUGAGUGGUACCUUGAUCUGCGUCGUUAUGGAACCGUAAAGCACAGUGGGUUUGGUCUUGGAUUUGAGAGGAUGAUACUUUUUGCAACAGGAAUUGAUAAUAUUAGAGAUGUAAUUCCCUUCCCAAGGGUUCCAGGCAAAGCAGAUCUUUGAGGUAUUAUGGUACAGUACAGAUCAGAUUUGCAUAGGAUCAUCCCUUUAAUUAAGUACUCAUAAUUAUUAGAAACCUAAUGUUUAUAUUGUUAAAAGCGAGUUGGAUACACAUGAAAGAUU